AUGGACGACCCUGUGGCCGAGAUCCCCUACGUGAUCGCUCUCUUGACCGAGACUCCUCCAUCCUUACAGUUUGCCGCCGUCAACAAGUACUUUACGCCCAAUGCGAGCUUCACCCAUCCCUUCUGCCGCACCGGCUCCUCAGCAUAUUCUCGCUACCUGGUCGAGCGGAUAUACCGAUGGUACAAGAUCAUGUCUCCGCGUAUAACCGCAAAGGUCCACAGCGUUUCUUUCGAUGAGAAGAACCUCGUCCUCUACGUCGGCCUCACUCAAGUCUUCGCCAUCUGGGCCGUCCCUACCCACCGAUCGGAAGUCUCGCUCGUCACCGUCCUACACCUGUCCCCUCAGAAAGACCCAGAGGACGAAGAAAAAAUAAAGUACUACAUCUCCAGCCAGAACGACCUCUACCAGACGGAUCAAUUCAUCAAGUUCAUUCUGCCUUGGAUCUCUAUCAUCGUGCCUAUCUGGCAGUUCUUGGCUACAAUCUUCUGUGUCAUUGGCAGCUAUCUGUUCACUCCUGUUACUUGGUGGGAGGAGCACUUCCAAGAUCAGUUUACGAGAGCUGAGAGACCUCCCAAGUGGAGCGACGCAAGAUGA